AUGCGGCCCGAACACUUAUCCCUUCAAUUAAUUGCUUGGAUAUACUUGGUUAAUGGAACUCCAAUUGCACAGAAAGGUGGAUUGGGCGUCCUUGACAUAUCCGAUACAAAUGACCUAUCUGUACGUCAAAGAUUCGAAGAAGUCAUUCGUCUAGAUUGUGCAUCUCAAAGAAGAAAAGCGCUGAAAAGGAAAACUGAUGGAGACGCCCGAAUCUAUAUACCUACUUGCUCUCCUAAAAAUUCAUUGUUAUAUGAUAAAGUGCAAUGUUAUGAAGUGUCUGCAUACUGUUGGUGUGUGGAUGAACUAUCUGGAGAACCUAAAAUAGGAUCAUCCACAUCAAGAGGAAAACCAAAAUGUGAAGAGACUGUGGUAACAACAAUUGCUCCGAAGAGAGUGAGAAGAAAUAAUCGGUGUAAAGAGAAGAAAAGGACUCGAUUCCUCCGUCGACUUGUAUCAACAAUCAAAUCAGAAAUGAUAAUGAAUGGAGUGAAUGCAACGAAAGUUAGUCGGGAUUCAGCAAUCAGAUGGAAAUUCAACCAACUCAAUAUAAAUCAUAACAAUGUAUUAGAGAGAAGAGAGUGGAAACCGUUCAAAUCAGUGUUACUCGAGUGGAAAAAUGUUAGACAGUGCUCGAGGAAUUUAUUCAAAACUUGUGAUAUGGAUAGGGAUAGGAAGCUGACUUUUGAAGAAUGGAGGAAAUGCAUUGUUCAAGAAAUCAACCGUGUCCCCGCAAAACGUCCCGAUCAGCUCAACCCGUUCCUGUAUAUUUUAAGACCAGAAUAG